AUGACCGUCAGAUCGACCGUAGAUCUUUCGCUGAGCGUCGCUCCUUAGCCGCAUUUUCCAAACGUGCCUCCACACCCGAAACCCCUAGAAAAGGUCAUACGGAAACUGCCCACCGAAAUGAAGGACGAAGAAGGGGAUGUCGAUGAUCAACAGCCAAAAAAAUCGAAAGUUGGCCCCAUAUUUCGCGGAAGUGCUAGACCUCCGGAUAAGUGGGGAAGGAAAGAAAACGAAGAGCUAGAGAACCUUCGUCGCAAUCUUGAACCGCCAAAGUACAUCGAGCAGGUGAAGAUUGAAGGAGCAAAACCUCCAAUGGAGCCGGUGCCGGUAGACGAGUCCAUACUUCAAGAAGCCGAGCAACAACCGGAAGACGAAGAGGAAUAA